AUGCAGCUUCUUCGAUUCUGUCUACUGAUCAUAAACGGACUAUUUCUCUUGUCAAUCGGAGUCUCGGCGGCGGCAGAUUGUGCCGGAAGCAGCGGCAGCUCAUCAGUGAAGAUUGCAUGGAACAUCGUCGUGGACCGAAAUGGCGGAGGCGAUUUCAAGACGGUCCAGGAUGCUAUCGACUCGGUUCCAUCGAAUAACAGCCAGUGGAUCAGGAUCUCAAUCAAUCCCGGAACAUACAAGGAGAUGGUUGAAAUCCCAAGCGACAAGCCGUGCAUUUUCCUCGACGGGAUGGGGAAGAAUAUCACGACAAUCACAUAUGAUGGACACAAUCAGACAGACACAAGCGCGACGUUCACUUCAUUCCCAGACAAUGUGGUCGUUCGGGGCAUUACUUUUAAGAACUCGUAUAAUCGAUACUGGACUCUUCAAGAAGGAUUCGGAGUUACGCAGGCAGUGGCAGCUAGAAUUUACGGUGAUAAGUCACUCUUCUACGAAUGUGGCUUUUUGGGCGUGCAAGACACGUUGUGGGACGUCAAAGGUCGUCACUAUUACCAAUCCUGCUACAUCGAAGGUGCCAUCGAUUUCAUAUUCGGAAACAGCCAAUCCUACUUCAAGGAUUGUGUGAUGAAUGCCACGCUGGGGAUGCCGCCAUACUAUCUAGCGCGGGGAUAUGUGACUGCACAGGGACGGCAAUCGGCGAGUGAUCCGGGUGGCUUCAUCUUUGAUGGCGGAGUGCUGUAUGGAACCGGGGAGGUGUAUCUGGGGAGGGCGUACGGACCAUACUCCCGAGUCAUAUUCAUUGGAACUCAUUUCGAGGCCUCAAUUUCCUCACUCGGGUGGGAUGCUUGGAGGUUCCAAGGGAAGGAGAGCAAUUUCACGUACAGUGAGGUGGACUGCAUAGGAAGGGGAUCGAACAAAUCAAAGAGGGUGCCGUGGGCAAAGAACCUCGACCGAUCGCAGGUCGAAGAACAAUUUGGUGUAUCUACAUUCAUCAACCAAGAUGGCUGGCUUAACCAGCAGCCGUUGAAUCAGAUAAUCGGGCAUCCGCUCCAAUAA